AUGGGUUCUCUUACUCUGGCAAUUUUGCAUCUAAUUCCUCAAACUUUUCAAGAAUGGUUAUCAGUCUUCUUGUUCAUAAUCUUGGCUUAUUCAACAAAAUUUUACUAUUCUUAUUUUACUCGUUAUAGUCCUUUACCAGGUCCAUUUCCACUUCCAUUAAUUGGAACCAUUUAUUUGUAUCAUGGUGAUUUAGCUGAAGUAUUUUUUAAUCUUCAGAAAAAAUACGGUGGAAUCUUUGAAUUAUAUAAUGGUCCUUCACGUGUAAUCUGGGUAGGGGAUACUCAACUUAUCAAGAAAAUACAUAUUCCUUCAACAAAAACGAACUUUCCUUUUCGCUCCAGGCAUCCAUGGAUUGAUGAAGUUGCAAUUAAUACCGUUGGAAAAGGAAUUUUUUUUAAUCAUAAUUUAGAAUCUUGGAAAUAUAAUAGAAGAAUUUUAACUCAAACAGUCAUGUUACCUUCAUUCUUACGACAAUUCUUGAAAACUACUGAACAAGUUUUUAAAGAAUUUCAAGGUUAUUUAAAUAAUUUGCAAAAAGAGUCUAAUAGUAAUGAAGUGGAUUUAUCUAAAUGGAUUGUCAAAAUUCAAGCUGAAUUAUCUUCUCGUACAACUACUGGUAGACCUGCAAAUACUUUAUUUUCUUAUUAUAAUAAGCUUUCUUCAAAUAGUUCAAAAGUCUUAAAAAUUAAAUCAACUGAAGAAUUAAUCAUUCGAUUUCGAACAUGGCUAGUUACUGCUCAAUUCGUUUAUUUCUUACCAAGAUAUUUAAGAUUUUGCCCUCCAUUAUUUUACUUUCAAUGGAAACAUCUGGAGAAUAUUCAAUGGUUGGAUAAUUAUUUAACUAAUCUUAUAAUUGACAGAAAAAAAGAAAUUGAAAACACUCCUAAAGUUAAGCCUUUAGGUCUUGACAUUUUAACUAUAAUUUGUACCGCAAAUACGGAAAGAGGUCCUCAAUUUAAUAAAUCAGGUGAUGAACCUGAUGAACCUAUGGAUGAUGAUAAUCUUAAACAAAAUAUGUUUGACGAUCCCAUUAUAAAAUCCAAAGUUUACGAAGAAGUCGAUCGUGUUUUUGGCAAUGAUAGAUCCCGUCCUAUGACUUACGAAGAUUUAGAAAAAUUAACUUACAUUGAUGCUUGCGUUAGUGAAUCUUUACGUCUAUUACCAACCAUCCCAGCUCUCUUUAAGCAAGCAACUAGUGAUGAUAACCUCGGUGAUUUUAAAUUUAAGGGUGGUCAAGAAUUUUUCAUCAAUUAUCAUUAUGUUCAUCAUAAUGAAACUUAUUGGCCUGAUCCAACUUUAUAUAAACCUGAACGGUUUCUUGAUAAAAAUUUUGAUAAACUUGGUUAUAUGCCAUUUGGUGGUGGAAUUAGGAUAUGUCCUGGACGUCAAAUGGGCUUAAAUACUGUUAAAACUAUAAUUUCUUUGAUUUUUAGAAAUUAUACUAUUGAUUUAAUUGAUCCUAAUGCUCCAUUAAAAAAAGUUUACGUUUGGGCUAAUGAAUGUGAAGAAUUAAAAUUUUAUCUUAGCCCGAAAAAUUAA